CCCAUCCCACCACCUUUUUUCUGAGCAAGCAAAAGCAGCGAAGCGGACGAAAACAAAAUCCAUCUCAUCUCCUCUACUCUGAAUUGCGAAUUAAACCCACCCGUAAACCCUCCGAUUCUUCUUCUUCCUCUCGCGGCGCGAAGCAACCAAUCAAUGGCGGUGGCGUCGGGGCCCGCGGCCACGUUCUCCGCCCGCCCCGCGGCGCCGGGCGCCGGCCGGCUCUGCUCGUGCGCUGCCGCGGCCACCGGCGGGGCGAGGUUCCGCGGCGCCGACGGGAAGUGGUGGGCACCGCUGCUGGGUUGGUCGGGCCAGCCCGACUACAUCGACGCUCAGCCGGCGCCGGAGGAGGAGCGAGCUGCUGGUGCAGCAGGGGCGAGGCGGUUCGGGGUGCUGACGGAGGAGAAGGCGCGGCAGCUGCGGAUGCGGAUGAUGGAGACGGAGAGCUUCCACGACGCCAUGUACCACUCCGCCAUCGCCUCCCGCCUCGCCUCCGCCGCGCGCGACGGCGACGCCAAGCCGUAGAGCGAACAUCUCAGCUCCCCGGCCGGCGCGAGCGCGGAGCCAUGCGGCACGCGCUGGCUUCUGUCUGUCCUCCUGUUGAUCGUUACUGUACCCGAACUCGAAGAAGUGGGCGGUGAUAUUUAGGAUAGGGCCCCUUCAGACUCCCCUAAAACUAGUAGCUAGCACCUGAAUGUACAAAAGUAAUUUGGUUGUACUGUACUAGAUGAUUUAUGUUUCGGUUUGCUCAGUGUUUUACUGCAGCGUAAAUAUGAUUUAUGUUUCGGUUUGCUCA